AUGCAUGGUGGAUGCUAUAAGUUGGGUUAUGGGGAUUCACGGUUUAUGUGCCUUCUGCCUCCAUUUGGAGCCACACGAUUUAUUGUAUUCCUCAAUCUCCUUAAUGUUUUUAUUGACGCAAGGAUCCUGGUUGAUGUAGAUGUCAAAAGCUUGGUGGUUGGUCUUUGGAGCUCGGAAAUACAAAGAAAAGCCCAGAUUGCUGCCCAAAAUCUCAUUCAAACGAACACACGUGUUAGCAGCUGGAAAAGGCGCCGCCAAUGUUAAUCCUCCACACAGUGUGUUUUUGUUGUUGAAGUGAAUCAUAUAAGUAAAAAUCUCGAGAGCAAAUCUGUUUACCAAGAUAUGGACAUGGGAUACGGAGUUUACGUUGACCCUGAGCUCGAAUCCCUCGUUGACAGAAUCCAUCCUCCAAGGGUUUGCAUCGACAAUGAUUCGUGUCAAGAUUGCACCCUUGUGAAGGUCGAUAGUGCGAACAAGCAUGGCGUAUUGUUGGAGAUGGUGCAAGAGUUAACGGAUCUUGACCUUAUCAUCUCCAAAUCGUACAUUUGUUCUGAUGGUCGUUGGUUAAUGGAUGUGUUCCACGUGACCGAUCAAUCUGGCAAUAAGAUUACAGACAAAAGCCUUACACGCCAUAUACAACAGUCACUAUGUGCAAGUAGGAGAGAGAAGACACAAGUAAAAACAACAAGUUUAGGUAAAGAAAUUACACAAAGGAACUUUCCGAUGGAGCAUACGACACUCGAGAUGACAACGGUGGACAAGCCGGGCCUAUUGUCGGAGAUAUCAGCAGUUCUAGCCGAACUAAGAUGCCACGUGUCUGCAGCAGUUGCAUGGACCCACAACACACGUGCUGCAUGCAUCAUCCACGUAGAAGACGACUCAAACCCUGGACCCAUUAUGGAUCCUCACAGGGUCAACAGAGUUCAAGCCCAUCUCUCCACCGUAGUCAACGCUCACCACAAUAACAGCGAACGCCGAAGUGUCAGGUUAACUACUCCGGUCACCGGUCAAACCCACACCGAGAGGCGUCUCCACCAGCUGAUGAUGGCCGAUAAAGACUACGAAGAGAGUACAUAUGGUCCACUUAUCAAACGCUUCGAUACAGUUGUGACAGUGGAGAACUGUAGAGAAAAAGGGUAUUCAGUUCUUAAUGUCACAAGCCCUGACAGACCAAAGUUACUAUUCGACACAGUUUGCACGCUUACUGACAUGCAAUAUGUGGUUUUUCAUGCAACAGUUAGCUCUAAAGGCUCCGUUGCUUUUCAGGAGUAUUACAUAAGGGAGAAAGAUGGGCGCACGUUAAACUCAGAGAUACAACGAGAAGCAAUCACCCGAUGCAUAAUGGCAGCUGUAGAACGAAGGGCAUCGCAUGGGUUGAGGUUAGAUGUGAGGAGUCGAAACAGGUCAGGGCUGUUGUCGGAUGUGACAAGAGUGUUUCGUGAAAACGGGCUGUCGAUUGCAAUGGCUGAGAUUGGAACACGUGGAGAGAAGGCAAUUGGAUCGUUUCAUGUCACAGAUGCUCAUGGACAUGAGGUGGAUCCGGGUAUGGUGGAGGCAGUGAAGAAGGAAAUUAAGAGGUUUGGAGGCAUGGUUAUCGUAGGGAAUGGAACUUCUUCGAAUUGGUCGUCUCGAGGAUCAUCGAGUAGUAACGGUGUGAAUGAAGCAAGAUCAUCACUGGGAACGUUGUUGUGGUCACAGCUUGAGAGAUUUUCGAGCAAGUUUCAGACCCUGAACUCAUGACCCCAGUAGAAAUAUACAGAUUCAAAACUCAAUUAGUAAAUACUUCGGAAUUAAGGACAAUAGUAGAGGAUCGUCAUAAAAUUUGUAAAAACAUGUAACCUCAUAUUUAUAAAAAGAGAAUGUGAUAUUAUCAUAUUACUAAAUAACUUGCAC